CGGCGUUGGCGGCGGCGGCGGCGGCGGGGGCAUGUGAGCGCGGCCGGCGCGGGCGGCCGACGACGCGCGCGGCGCGAUGGGGCAGCAGGUGGGCCGCGUCGGGGAGGCUCCGGGGCUGGCGGCGCCGCCCGCCCGCGGGCUCCGGGGCAGCAGCGGCGCGGCCAGGCCGGGCUUCCGCCGGCGGGACCCCACGGGGCGCAGCGCCGACGCCGGCUUCAACGUCUUCGCGCAGCACGAUCACUCUGCCCGCUGUGUGGAGGCUGGAUUUGAUGAGGGCGACCAGACUGGAGGCUGCCCAGAAGCGCUGCACCGGCCGUUUGGCUGCGACGUGGAGUCGCAGGCCCUGAACGAGGCCAUUCGCUGGAGCUCCAAGGAGAACCUGCUGGGCGCCACGGAGACGGACCCCAACCUCUUUGUCGCACUCUACGACUUCGUCGCCAGCGGGGACAACACCCUCAGCAUCACGAAAGGCGAGAAGCUGCGCGUGCUGGGCUACAACCAGAACGGCGAGUGGAGCGAGGUGCGCUCCAAGAACGGGCAGGGCUGGGUGCCCAGCAACUACAUCACGCCCGUCAACAGCCUAGAGAAGCACUCGUGGUACCACGGGCCCGUGUCGCGCAGCGCCGCCGAGUACCUGCUCAGCAGCCUCAUCAACGGCAGCUUCCUGGUGCGCGAGAGCGAGAGCAGCCCCGGGCAGCUGUCCAUCUCGCUGCGCUACGAGGGCCGAGUGUACCACUACCGCAUCAACACGGCGGCCGACGGCAAGGUGUACGUGACGGCCGAGAGCCGCUUCAGCGCCCUGGCCGAGCUCGUGCACCACCACUCGACCGUGGCCGACGGGCUGGUGACCACGCUGCACUACCCGGCGCCCAAGUGCAACAAGCCCACGGUCUAUGGCGUGUCGCCCAUCCACGACAAGUGGGAGAUGGAGCGCACCGACAUCACCAUGAAGCACAAGCUGGGUGGCGGCCAAUACGGGGAGGUCUACGUGGGCGUCUGGAAGAAGUACAGCCUCACCGUGGCCGUGAAGACCCUGAAGGAGGACACCAUGGAGGUGGAGGAGUUCCUCAAGGAGGCCGCGGUGAUGAAGGAGAUCAAACACCCCAACCUGGUCCAGCUGCUCGGCGUGUGCACGCUGGAACCGCCCUUCUACAUCGUGACCGAGUACAUGCCCUACGGCAACCUGCUGGACUACCUGCGCGAGUGCAGCCGUGAGGAGGUGACGGCCGUGGUGCUGCUCUACAUGGCCACGCAGAUCUCCUCGGCCAUGGAGUACCUGGAGAAGAAGAACUUCAUCCACCGGGACCUCGCAGCUCGGAACUGCCUCGUGGGGGAGAACCACGUGGUGAAGGUGGCCGACUUCGGCCUGAGCCGGCUGAUGACCGGGGACACCUACACGGCCCACGCCGGCGCCAAGUUCCCCAUCAAGUGGACGGCGCCCGAGAGCCUGGCCUACAACACCUUCUCCAUCAAGUCCGACGUCUGGGCUUUCGGGGUCCUGCUGUGGGAAAUCGCCACCUAUGGGAUGUCACCGUACCCAGGGAUCGACCUGUCGCAGGUCUACGAUCUCCUGGAGAAGGGGUACCGGAUGGAGCAGCCCGAGGGGUGCCCCCCAAAGGUCUACGAGCUCAUGAGAGCCUGCUGGAAGUGGAGCCCGGCCGACAGGCCCUCGUUUGCUGAGACACACCAGGCCUUUGAGACCAUGUUCCACGACUCCAGUAUUUCGGAAGAGGUGGCGGAGGAGCUGGGGCGAGCCGCGUCCUCGUCGUCCAUCGUGCCCUACCUGCCACGGUUGCCGCUGCUGCCGUCCAAGACGCGGACGCUCAAGAAGCCGGCGGACAACAAGGAGAACGUGGACGGGACCGCGGACGCCGCCACCGAGAACUCCGCAGGGCUGCUCCGCGGCGCGCAGGUCCCCGGCGGCUCCCCGGCGCUGCCCCGCAAGCAGCGGGACAAGUCCCCCGUGGGGCUCCUGGACGACGGGCGCGAGGCGGGCUUCGCGCGCGACCGCAAGGGCGGCUUCUUCAGCUCGUUCAUGAAGCGGCGCAGCGCGCCCGCCCCGCCGCGCCGCAGCAGCUCGUUCCGCGAGAUGGAGCCGCCGCCCGCGCGCAGGACGGAGCCGCCCGGGGAGGACGCGGGCGCCGGCGGCUGGGCCGGCCUCUCGGGCUUCUUCACGCCGCGCCUCAUCAAGAAGACGCUGGGGCUGCGCGCCGGCAAGCCCGCGGCCGGCGACGACGCGGCCAAGCCCUUCCCGCGCUCCAACUCCACGUCGUCCGUGUCCGCGGGCCCCGCCGAGCAGGACCGCCUGACCAUGACGCUGCCCCGCAACUGCCCGCGCGCGCGCCCGCCGCUCGAGAGGACCGCGUCGGCCGCGUCCCCGCCCGACGACGGCGACUCGCUGCCCCGGCGCCCCGACGCCGCGCGGCCCCGUGCCAAGCUGCUGGCGCGCGCCGAGCGCGAGCACGAGCGGGACCGGGACCGGGACGCGCGCGCUGACGAGGGUGAGGCGGGCGCCUGGAGCCACAAGGUGCCCGUGCUCAUCUCGCCUGCGCCCGAGCGCGGCCCAGGGCUGCCGCUCGUGGGCACCGACUCUCAGGGCAACAAGUUCAAGCUCCUGUCCGAGCACCCCGGGGACAAGGACCGGCAGCGUCGCGUGAAGCCCAAGUGCGCGCCGCCGCCCCCGCCCGGGCCGCGCCCUGACGAGCCCGCGCCCCCCGCCGCCGCCGCACCCGCCGCUGCAGAGGCCCCCGAGGCCGGGAAGAGGCCGGGGCCCGCGGGGGGCAAGGCCCCAAGGCCCGCCCUGCCCCCGCCGCAAGUGCCUCCGGCCGGGCCAGCCAUGUCCCCCGCCAAGCUGGCCAACGGCACGGCGGGGGCCAAGGUGGCGCUGCGCAAGACGCGGCCGGCGGCCGAGCGGGGCCCGGCCGAGAAGGUGAGCCGCGAGGCGCUGCUGCACUGCGCCGACCUGCUGUCCAGCGCCAUCGCCGAGCCCGUGCCCAACAGCCAGCUGGUGGACACGGGCCACCAGCUGCUGGGCUACUGCUCGGGCUACGUGGACUGCAUCCCCCAGACCCGCAACAAGUUCGCCUUCCGCGAGGCUGUGAGCAAACUGGAGCUGAGCCUGCACGAGCUGCAGGUGGCCCCCGCCGCCGCCUCAGCCGGGGGCCCCGGGGCCAACCCCGCGCUCGGCCACCUGCUGUCGUGCGUGCAGGAGAUUAGCGACGUGGUGCAGAGGUAGCCGCCGCCCGCCGGGAGCCCGGGAGGCGCGUGUGUCCCCGUGUUCGUGUCCUCGCCCGUCGGACGCCGCGUGCCGCCCGCCGAGCUCUCAGUUUACAGGGUCAUCUCAGUUACCGAAAGGAAAAAAAACGCGAACCCCGGCUUGGGCCGAGGCUGGGGGCCGGGCACUCGCCCGCGAGACCGGAAGCCCAGGUGGCACCUCAGGGAGCGCGGGUGGCCGUCGGCGAGGCCCCGGGGCUCCAGCGGGCACCCUGGGCCCGUCUGAUCAGGGACGCGGCGGGCACGGCGCAGAGAAACAGGGAAAGCGCCCGAGAUACAGUUCCCACCAGCGGCGGGAAGCAGGUGACAAGGUCACAUGGUGAGCAAGGGCGCCGCGGCCAAGGUUGCGUGGGCAAGGUCAUGCCAGGAACCCCAUUCAGGGCGCUGCUGUGCCAGGCCCGUCCUGUUGCCCGGGGUGCCUGGGUCAGUGCCGGAAAGGGGGCGCAGGGAGGCCGUGGGGGCACCAGGCCCUGCCCUGUCCCCCCGCUGGCAAGUGAGGCCCUGCUCCCAGGGGCCCCCAGCCCCCGUUUGCUGCUUGUGGCAGCCCCAGAUUCAGGGUUUGGGAACAUGGGUCCUACACACAUCUCAGGGCAGGGGGCGCCUCUGCCCCCGCCCCUCCCCUUCCCUGCACACCCGGGGCCUCUCCUCCCUGCCAGCUUGUUUGAGGGGGUCCGGCGUGGCUGCGUGCCAUCGUUUCUGUUCCAAGGCGGCUGCUGCCGGGCGCGCGGGUCAGCGUGUGGGCCGUGGGUCAGCUGUCCGUGUCAUCCUGGAGUGCCCUAGUGGCUCAGGGCCCAGUCACCGCUCCCCUGGCCCCGGGAGCCUCCUGGCGUCCCGCCCCAGGACACAGGGAGAGGGGGCGGGAGCGUCUCCCCAGCUCCUGGUGGGGGUGCACCCCGGGGGUCCUGGCACCCCCUGGUGGCUGACGGUCCCUCCAUGGCUUUGUGGCCGAUGGGGCAGGUCGGAACCUCGGCUCUGGAGGUCGGGGCCCCAGGAGGAAGCGGGGGGGCAGGAGGGGGCGGGUGCUGGAAGCGGCCGCACUGGGUGCGUCCUUGGGGGUCCGGGCCCCUGGGACCUGCAUCUUCAGCCUGGCGCCCUCCCGCCCCCUCCCCCGUACCUCCAGAAACUUGAACCCAUUUCGUUGCAGACUGCAGGGGCAGGGAGGGGGCGUCUCCAACACCCGUGUCAGUUGCUGCUUUCUCGGCGGGCCCCCGGGCCCGGUGUGUGUGGCAGGGUCACGGUUCUGCAGGGGCGCCCCCUCCUCAGGCUCAGAGUCAUCUGCAGCGGGCGCCCGGCCGGUAGCCUCGCUGCCCCCCCGUCCAUCACUGCUGCUUGGAUUGGGGUGGGGGAGGGUCUCGGGGGCAGCUCAGAGCCCCUGUCCACUGGGCUCGGGAGGCGCGACUCAGCCCUUGCCCGGACGGACACCAUCUCCGCGCGUUUUGUGUCUGCGUCCUGCCUGAGACGGGCCUGGUGGGCUUCCUGGAGAAGGCGGCACCGCUUGGGGCUUCCACCUUAAGCUGGCCCUGCCAGGACCCGGCUGCGGGCACUUGCCCAGUGGAGCUCGAGGCCGUGAGAGCGAAUCGCCCUGGGCGGGGGUCCGGGAGCAGGGGAUACUACUGUAACUACCUCAGGGUUGGAAGGUCGCGGGACCUGGGGGUCGCCGAGGGGUCGCCUGCCCUGCUGCUGCUCGCCGGGGGAGGGGUCGCGCCCUGCUGGCCCCGCGGAGGCGGCAGGGGACUGGAUUUUGCGCCUGUGCCCACCGUGGCUCGAAGCUGGGGCCCGCCCCGCUGCCCUGAGAAUCACUGCCCGCAGCGGCCCGGCCAGACAAUCAGUGCCCGCCGCAGCCCUGCGCCGGGGCGCGCACUCGGGGCCCCGACAGCGGCACUCAGCACUUUGAGGGGCCCCCCUGCCGCCCAGCACACCCGCCAACGCAAGCCCGACACCCGCCUUCUGGGACGCUCGAGCCGUCUGAAAAGCACUUUGAGAAAAAAAGCACCGAGUGUCGCGGGGCAGGUGCCGGUGGGGGUGACCUGGGACGCAGACCUAGAGACCCUCCCCCACCCCAGGGGGGAACGGCCAGCAGGGGUGAAGAGACCCCACCCCUCUGGGCUGCACCCCCCACCGAGGGCUGUGACCUGUGACACGUGGGGGCAGUCAGGUGACCCUGGGACCAGAGCACUUUGGGGGAGACUCCGCGGGAGGGUGACUGGAGUGGGAGGUGGUCAUCGGCUGCUUAGGGGUGCACAGCGGGCCCCGCCCCGCCUGUCCCCCGCCCUGACGCGGGUCAGCCACCCUGGCCUCGGGGCCUGUCAUCUUGCUGCCGUGACAUGUUCUUCCUGACUUAGGGGUCUGUCUUGGCGCUCCGGGGUCCCCCCGGGCAUCUGGCCCUUCUGGGGGACCCCUGGGUCCCCCGAGAUGGUGGCCGCGGGCUCUCGGCUCCGUGCAACUGCCAGGACGACUGUCCCCUGCUGGAGCGGCCCUCCGGGGACCCACACACAGUGCCCUGCCCUCCCGGGCCUGGUGUGUGCAGAGGGUCCUUCUGCCUGGCCCCUGGGCGCCCGUGCCAGUGGUGCCUUUGGGUGCCAACUGACCGGAGUUUGUGUGGGCGAGUUUGGGGGGGGGCGUGCUCCCAGCCCCCACCCGCCCUUCAGGGUCAGCGGGGCGCCCUCUCCAAGUGCACUUAUUACUUAGUUCCGACGCCCACUUCCACGCUCGGCUGGACCCCGCCUCCCCUCCCCUCCCCCGCGGCACAGCUGCCAGGUGCUGGGGUCUGAGCUGGGAUUUGCCUGCCAGACGCAUGACUGCUGGCAUGUGGGACCCGUGAGCACGCAGAGGCGCGACCUGCCGGGGGACGGGUCCCCGAACCCGGCCUGUCCCCACCUUUCCAGGCCCCUUGUGCCUGGACAUGCGGGGCCCAGCUGAGCCCCCGGGGGAAAUCAGGAACUAGCACGUGAGGUACUCGGGGUCUGGGGCCCGCAGGUGGGGGGUGGGUUCCUGGCCACACCCCACACUCCCCCGCCCCGUCGAUCCUGUAAUGGCCCAGUGGAGACCCCCGGCAAAGCCAAGUGACCGUCUCACAGCUGCUGACAGAACACUACUCACCCCCGACAAAGGCGCCUCAGCGAAUACCAAAGGUCCCGCCCUGCGGAGGGCGGGGGCGGUCGGGCCUGGCGCUGUGGGCAGGGCCGAGGGGUGGCGGGCACGGGCGGGCGGGCCACACUCCAGCCUUGUCAGGUAUCUGUCCUUAAUUGUCCUGUAAGAUACUUUCAGCUGUUUCGUUUUCCUAAUUUAAUGCCCAUCCUUGUCUGACUGUGAACUGCUAACAGUGUUAAACUUGAUGUAAAUAAACGAGGGCCCCUCCCCCAGGGGAA